AUGCGUUUGGAUAUCAUAUAUUUAUUUAUGAUGCUAAAAGCUGAUUUUAUUUUUAAAACAAGUUUAAAUAACAGACAUACCACACAUACGUGUUGUANAACGUCAAGUUCAAAACCAAUAAAAAGUCCAUUCGAUAGAAUUGAAGAAAAUGGGGGUUUGAAUUUACAUACAGGUUCUAAUGGUGAACAGACUGUUUAUGAAUAUUUGUUAUAUAAAUAUCGUCAUCAAUUAGAUGCAGUUUCUAUUAAAUGGGAAAAUCAAAAUGGAGAAGCUCAUUUAUCUUAUGAUAUAUUAUUAAUUGAAAAUGGAAAAAAACAUUAUAUUGAAAUAAAAUCAACACGAACACAUGAUCAACAUUCCUUCCAAUUAUCAAUUAAUCAAAUCAAAGCUAUUUUACAAUACAGAGAAAACUAUUCUAUCUAUCGUAUUUAUUUAGAAGAAAAAAAAUUAGUCAUUUUAGAUAAUAUUCGAUGGUGUAUAAAACAUAAACAACAAUUAGCUUGUUUUUUUAACAAUUAA